UGGCACGAGUCUGUCUUCUUGGAGCUGUUGGUUCAGUUUUCGAGACAUUAGGAAUUUUGGGGGGAAAUACAAACAGAAAUCUAAGUUGCUAAAAUGCAGAUUAAGGAGAAACCCAACCUACUGCUCUCCUUCCACACUGAACCCAAACAAGAGUCACUGGAUUCUGAUGGUGACAGUGGAGCUCAGUGUUCAUUAGUGGACUCAGGGAUGACAUCAGUGAAGCAGGAAGACUGCAGUCAAACGCUGGGACUGAAUGUUACCAUUAAAUAUGAAGAGAAGAAUGGGGUGAUCAUUAAAAUGGGAGAGGGGGAUUUAAUUAAUCAAGAUGAGAUUCCUGAAGUGGACACACUUGGAGAUAAACAACAGGAAGACUACAGUGAUAAGGAGUCUCACCACUGCCCCCAUUGUGAAAAACAUUUCUUAUCUCUACCAACGUUAAAAAGACAUAUUAACAUGCAUACUGGAGAGUACUCCUGUUCUGACUGUGGGAAGAUUUUCUCUCAAUUAGGUAGCCUUAAAGCUCACCAGCGUAUUCAUACUGGAGAGAAACCUUACUCCUGUUCUGAUUGUGGGAAGUGUUUUAUUACAUCAUCUGAACUUAUUAUGCACCAGAGAGUGCAUACAGGUGAGAAGCCAUACUCCUGUUCUGAAUGUGGGAAGAGUUUCUCUCAAUUAGGUAGCCUUAAAGCUCACCAGCGUAUUCAUUCUGGAGAGAAACCGUACUCCUGUUCUGAUUGUGGGAAGAGUUUUAUUACGUCAUCUGAACGUACUAUGCACCAGAGAGUGCACACAGGUGAGAAGCCUUACAAUUGUUCUGAAUGUGGGAAUAGCUUCUCUCAAUCAAGUCAGUUUAAAGCUCACCAGCGCAUACAUACUGGAAAGAAACCUUACUCCUGUUCUGACUGUGGGAAGUGUUUUAUUAGAUCAUUUGAACUUACUAUUCAUAAGAGAAUGCACACAGGUGAGAAACCUUACGUUUGUUCUGACUGUGGAAAGUGUUUCUUUAGAUCAUCUCAACGUGCAAUCCAUCAGAGAGUGCACACAGGUGAGAAGCCUUACUCCUGUUCUGACUGUGGGAAGUGUUUUAUUAGAUCCUCUAAUCUUACUAGACAUCAGAGAGUGCACACAGGAGAGAAGCCUUAUUCCUGCUCUGACUGUGGCAAGAGUUUCAUUACAUCAUCUGGUCUUACUACUCAUCAGAGGGUGCACACAGGAGAGAAGCCUUACUCCUGUUCUGACUGUGGGAAGUGUUUCUCUCAAUUAGGUAACCUUAAAGCUCACCAGCGCAUACAUGCUGAAGAGAAGUCAUUCUCCUGUUCUUAAUGUGGGAAGUGUUUUUCAUCAUCUGCACUUAAAGUCAGAGAUGAGAAACCAUUCUUUUGUCCUGACUGUGGGAAUAGUUUCAUUAGCAAGCAAGCAAGUUUAUGUAUAUAGCACAAUUCCUACAUAGAAACGGUUCAAUGUGCUUUACAAAUAAAUAAAAUCACAAUAGUACAAAAACAAAUACUAGAAUAAAAAACACUAAAACAUGGGAGACUUUAACCACCUUAUUGAUUAAACAUGGGGGACUUUAACCACCUUAUUGAUAAAACAUGGGGGACUAAACCACCUUAAUUGAAAACAUAAAUAGAAUAAAAACAAAAAUGGUAGAUUCCAUAGUUGAUUCCAUGUUUAAGCAAUAAAAGUUGUACGGCUAACAGAUUGGUUACGUUUAAGUGUUCUGUCAAAGGCAUGUGAAAAAAAGUGUUUUUAACCUGGAUUUAAACAUUGAUAUGUUUUGGGCAUGUCUAAGAUCUUCUGGU